UAUUUUUGGUUCACCGUUAUGUUUGGCAUUUCUAGCAUUCAGUCCAUAACCGGCUGGCUAAAAACACUAGACUUUCAAGGCAGGGGCGUAUAUGAUAGCCAAAAUGACUAUGGGCCCACCACGAGCACAAUAAUUUUGUUCCUCUUUGUGAUUCUCUGCAGCGUGGUGAUCUCUGUGGUAUACCUUAUCUGCCUCAGAGCUUUCACAAAGCAGACGUUAUGGCUCACCUCCACCAUCAAGUAUGUCGCUACCUAACCCAAUCAUAACCCAACAACAAUAGCUGAGACCUAUCGCAUAUAUGUUUUAGUAUGUGUGUGGGCCUGGGUGGAGCUAUCUACUGCUUUGCAAUAGGUGGGAACCUUUCUGGGGCGGGCCACCUCGUCCUUGGAACUUUUUAUACGUGCUGUUUUUUGGGCUGGAAAACCCGCCUCCCUUAUUCGAUAACGAUGGUGGAGAAAACGAUGGAUAUUUCAAAGAAGUUUGGUCAUACCCUCAAAAUCUCAGCUACCGGUGGAGCCAUAGCUGUUGGGUUCACGAUGUGGUUUGCCACAACGUUAGUUGCCGUAUGCAUCAGUUAUACACCAGACCCCAGAAACCCAGCCUGUGAGAAUACUAACGGGCAAUCAUGUUCCAUGACUAAUCUCUUCUGGAGGCUAAAUCAUGCUAUGUUUGGUGGAUACUGGAUUUCGGAGGUGAUCAAAAACAGUAUCCAUGUUCUUGUUUCUAGUGGUAAGCUUUCAAAUUUUCUCUUUUCUUUUCAUAUAGCCCGGAGAGUUCCAGGCUGACUUCCCUCUAGUAUUUGGGUCAUGGUAGGUGAAAUAAAAGCAUCAGAGGUGUGACUCAAGUGGCAGUUCUGCCACUAACUUGAGCAGGUAUUUCCUCUCAUCUGAGAUGGGAGAGAUGCCAACGCAGUCCGCUCUUUUGGCUGGCAAGAGAGCGAUCUGGUACUCCUUUGGCUCCAUAGUUUACGGGUCAUUGGCUUCAUCAAUUGUCCAGCUCCUCCACCAAGCAUCUUCGAUUUGCAGAGAAAAUGAUCGUCCAGGGCGGUUUUCACGCAUCACCUGUGUUUUAGCAUGGCCUGGGAGCCGGCUCCUCCAAUCUUUUAACGUAAAGGCUUCUCCAUCACUUUCCAAUCUUGUAUCGGGGCCAAUGUUAUUGACUCUGAGUCGGAGAAGCACUACGGCUAUUCUCGCAUGGCUUUCGAAAGCCUAGAUUAUACCACGAGUGUAAAAAAUACCCUGAGGAUGCUAACAGAAAACGAGAUCGACACACUAAUCAAUAAUAACUUGGUAUGGCUCUUUCAUUCUUUUAAACAGGUCAAGAGACGGUUGGAUAAUUCCAUGACAUAGGUCGAUCCGGUUUUGACUGCAGGCGCCGUAUUCUCGGGAUAUCUUUGCGCCUCCUUUUCAUAUCUAUAUUUGACAGGCACAGACCCUACCUACAAUAAAAACGGGAACUUCACUUUCCCCGUUGUAACAGUAUCCUUCUGGAUUGGUCUGCAAAUUUUCAAUAUCUCUCUGGUCUCUGUAAAGGUGUGAUAUGAUGACCUCCAUUCCUCUCUCUCCUUCAAGUAUAAGCAACGGCUGUUCUCGGUUUUAAUGCUGGGAUUUUCAAAUAGUCUGGCGUAACCACAAUUUUUGUUUCGAUGGCAACCCAUCCAGACAUACUCAGGAGGAACCAUCGGCUAUUCUAUCUUGAAAUGGUGGGGGCCUACGCGAAGGUUUCAGAAGUGUCCAGCCUUCAG